AUGUCCACUCAAGAACCUCUCCGUCUAGGAUGGAUAGGCCUCGGAUCGAUGGGCCUGGCCAUGGCAACAAACAUCCAGAAACACCUUAAAGAACACAGUCUACCGUUGUUGAAGUACUGGAACCGUACAAUCUCAAGAGGUGAUAGUUUGAAAGAUAUCGGAGGCACGCCAUGCCCCUCAAUUGCAGACCUGGCUCAAAACUGUGAUGUGAUAUUCAUCUCAGUCAGCGAUGAUACAGUCCUCCGAUCUGUCACAGCGACCAUCCUAAGCAGCGGCUCCAUAACCUCCAAAACUUUUGUCGACACAACAACAGUCCACCCUACCACCACAUCAACUAUCACCAACAACUUCACCUCCGCGGGCGCCUUCUACAUCGCCACCCCCGUUUUCGGCGCCACGCCCCUCGCCGUCGCUGGCCGUCUGCUGGUUGCCGUCGCUGGCCCUCCUUCUGCUAUCGAACUUGUUCUCCCUUUUCUCGAAAAUGUUAUCGCGCGCACUGUUAUCAGAGUUGGUUCCGAGCCCUCCCAAGCCCUUCUGCUGAAAACGACAAGCAACUUCAUUACUGCGGGUCUCAUGAUGCUCCUCAGUGAGGCGCAUGUAGUAGCUGAGAAAACGGGGCUGCCAGCAUCUGUUCUUGAGUCUCUGGUUGAAGAGAACUUUGGAGCCUACGCACAUGGUGUUUCGAAACGUUUGACUAGUGGGAACUAUCUACCUGCUCCUGGCCAGGCACCUUCUUCAGGGUUGGAGCUUGGAAUCAAGGAUGUCGGCCAUGGAGUUAGUCUUGCGAAACAAGCGGGUAUGACGUUGGGUAUUGGAGAAAUGUAUCUUGGGGCAGCGGAGGAGGCGAAGGCCUAUGGAGAUGAGAUGGGGAGAAGAUGUGAUAGCAGUGCUGUUUUUGGAAUUGUGAGGAAUAGAGCUGGCUUGGAUUUUGAGUCAGACCGUGUUAAAGAACGAGAUACGGAGAGGUAG